AUGGCUAGUAAAACGUUCAAUGUCGGAGUUGUGGGAUAUGGAAUGUCCGCCAAGGUCUUUCAUAUUCCCUUCGUGAAGGUGACACCUUUGUUGAAGCUUCACUCCAUUCUUCAACGAUCGCCCAAACCCACCGAUUCAGCGCCUUCAGAUUACCCAGAUCUCAAGCAUCACACUACCUACGAUAGCUUUCUGGCGGAUCCCGAGCUCGAUCUAGUCGUCUUGUCCACCACACCCCCCACGCAUUUCGAGCUUGCCAGUAAGGCCCUCAAAGCUGGCAAGCAUGUUCUUUGCGAAAAGCCCUUCGUGCCGACUGCAGCUGAGGCAGACAAGUUAGUUGCUAUUGCAAGAGACAACAAACGCGUGCUAUGCGUCUACCAGAACCGUCGCUGGGACGCUGACUACGCAACUGUUAAGAAGUUGAUUCAGGAUGGGACUCUGGGAAGAAUUGUAGAGUUUGAGACCCACUUCGACAGAUAUAGGGCUGAGAAGCCGACCAACUGGAAGGCUACUACCAAGAUGAGUGAGGGCGGUGGUAUGCUGUAUGAUCUUGGCACACACUUGAUUGACCAGGUGUAUGCCCUCUUUGGCAAGCCUGCCAGUGUUUUUGCCAAGUUUGUAAACACAAGAGAUGGAGUUAUUAAGGCACCGGAGGACGAGACCGAUAGUGCGACAGUACAGCUAUUUUACAACAACGGCCUAGUGGUGCUCGUGCGCAUCGGUGUCCUGAGUGUUGAAUCGCAACAGCCACGAUUUUGGAUUCGGGGAACCAAGGGAAGCUACCAUAAGUUUAAUUUGGACACUCAGGAGCCUGAAUUGAAGGAUUUCAAUGCAGGAAAACCAAAUAGCCGCUCGCCCCUGGACGAAAACUUUGGCGUCGAGCCGGCCGACUGGGCAGGCAAGCUUACAACGCUCGGCGAGGAUGGAAAGACAAAGGAGCAGAGCUACCCGACAGUAAAGCCACCUACCUACAAAGAGUUCUAUAGACUUCUGGCGGCGUCGAUAGCUAGUGGCAAGGAGGAGGAUGUUCCUGUCCCCGCAGCUCAGGCAAGCGAGGUCCUGAAGAUCAUCGAGGCUGUCAGGGAAAGCAACAAGACUGGAAGAGAAGUCCCUCUUAGCUAA